GCGCGGUCCAGACGGCAGAGGCCUCUGCGGCGCGGUCCUCGGAGGCACGCGUCCGUGUUCCUCGUUGGUCAUGGCGGACUACCUAAUUAGCGGUGGCACGUCUUACGUGCCAGACGACGGACUCACAGCUCAGCAGCUCUUCAACUGCGGGGAUGGCCUCACCUACAACGAUUUUCUCAUUCUUCCUGGGUAUAUCGACUUCACUGCAGACCAAGUGUGGUCUUUUAUCUCCUCAGGAUUUGACCUCGGCUCUAACUAAGAAGAUCACACUGAAGACCCCAUUGGUUUCCUCACCUAUGGACACUGUCACAGAGGCUGGAAUGGCCAUUGCAAUGGCGCUUACAGGAGGUAUUGGUUUCAUUCACCACAACUGUACACCUGAAUUCCAGGCCAAUGAAGUUCGGAAAGUGAAGAAAUAUGAACAGGGAUUCAUCACUGAUCCUGUGGUCCUUAGCCCCAAGGAUCGUGUGCGGGAUGUUUUUGAAGCCAAAGCCAGGCAUGGCUUCUGUGGUAUCCCCAUCACAGAUACAGGCCGAAUGGGGAGUCGAUUGGUGGGCAUCAUUUCUUCAAGGGACAUUGAUUUUCUCAAGGAGGAAGAGCAUGACCGUUUCUUGGAGGAGAUCAUGACAAAGAGGGAGGAUUUGGUGGUAGCCCCUGCAGGCAUCACUCUGAAGGAGGCAAAUGAAAUUCUGCAGCGAAGUAAAAAGGGAAAGUUGCCUAUUGUGAAUGAAGAUGAUGAGCUGGUAGCCAUCAUUGCCCGGACAGACCUGAAGAAGAAUCGUGAUUACCCACUGGCCUCCAAAGAUGCCAAAAAGCAGCUACUAUGUGGGGCAGCCAUUGGUACUCAUGAGGAUGACAAAUAUAGGCUGGACUUACUUGCCCUUGCUGGUGUGGAUGUAGUGGUUUUGGACUCUUCCCAGGGAAACUCCAUUUUCCAAAUCAAUAUGAUCAAAUACAUCAAGGAGAAAUACCCCAAUCUCCAAGUCAUCGGAGGCAAUGUGGUCACUGCUGCCCAAGCCAAGAACCUCAUAGAUGCAGGAGUGGAUGCUCUGCGCGUUGGCAUGGGGUGUGGUUCCAUCUGCAUUACCCAGGAAGUGUUGGCCUGUGGGCGGCCCCAAGCAACAGCAGUGUACAAGGUUUCUGAGUAUGCUCGGCGCUUUGGUGUUCCUGUUAUUGCUGAUGGGGGAAUCCAAAAUGUGGGUCAUAUUGCCAAAGCUUUGGCUCUUGGAGCUUCUACAGUCAUGAUGGGCUCCCUCUUGGCUGCCACCACGGAGGCCCCUGGUGAGUACUUCUUCUCAGAUGGGAUCCGGCUAAAAAAGUACCGCGGUAUGGGUUCUCUCGAUGCCAUGGACAAGCAUCUCAGCAGCCAAAACCGAUAUUUCAGCGAAGCUGAUAAAAUCAAAGUGGCCCAAGGAGUUUCAGGGGCUGUGCAGGACAAAGGGUCUAUCCAUAAGUUCGUCCCUUACUUGAUUGCUGGCAUCCAGCAUUCCUGUCAGGACAUUGGUGCCAAGAGCUUAACUCAAGUCCGAGCCAUGAUGUACUCUGGGGAACUGAAAUUUGAGAAGAGGACAUCCUCAGCUCAGGUGGAAGGUGGUGUCCACAGCCUUCAUUCGUAUGAGAAGCGGCUUUUCUGAAAAGAGAUCCAGUU